CCAGCCCUAAGACGACCAAGACGAGGCAACGCACUGGCGGCGGCGAUGGCUGCCGCAGCGGGUUCUGGCGGCGGCAGCAGCAGCAGCAGCAGCGGGGAGGAGAAGACGAUCGUGCUCGUCAGCUCCGACAUCAGAGCGCGCUUCGAGGUGAGGGAGGCGGCGGCGUUGCUGUCGAAGACCGUGCGCCGCAUGAUCGACGAGGCCGGAGCCGACGCUAGCGGCGACGACGGCAUCCUGCUCCCCGAAGUCGACGCGAAGACCCUCGCCAAGGUGCUCGAGUACUGCAACAAGCACGCCCCCGCGGGCUCGAGCUCUUCCGCGGCGGAGGAGGACCUAGAGCGCUUCGACAGGGAGUUCAUGCACGUCGACUUGGGCACGCUCUACUCGCUCACCACGGCCUCUAGUUACCUCAAGAUCGAGGGCCUGCUGAACCUCACCUGCAAGACCAUCGCCGACAUGAUCAAGGGCAAGACGCCGGAGCAGAUCAGAAAGAUGUUCGGGAUGACGAACGAAUUGACAACCGAGGAGGAGGAUGAGGUGCGCCGCGAGAAUACCUGGGCCUUCUAGUGUGGUUGCCAUGGCCCCCUGCUCUCUGGAUGAUCUACGAUCCUGCGCAGCUAUCAUCAGUUCAUCACAGUAUAAUAUAGGAGUACGUAGAUCGCUUGUUCUAGUUAGUCCGUUCGAUUUGCAGUUUCAUCUCAGUUGUCCAUUAGUUGAAGAUACAGACAUGUAGAGGCUAGUAAUGGUGUGUUAGUUAUACUUAAAUCAAAUGAUCAAAUCUAGUAACUUUAGUUUAUUUAGAGUAUCA